UUCCUCUCGCGGUACUUCCACACCACCACAGGCGGCGGAUUUCAGGAGAUGGCGGCCAGAGGUGGUUUUCAGUCGGCACCGACAGGAGGUGGCGGCGGUGGAAUGGGUCCUGGACCACCGGUACCGGGUGGAGGACCAGGUAUGGGCCCUGGGACACCUGGAAGGAUGGGACCCUCGCCAGGCGCGCAAAAUCAUAUGUACCGUUCCCCGAUGCCCGGGCCUGGAUACCCGAGACCUGGUAUGCCCCCAUCCAAUCGGAUGACUCCACAGGGCCCUGCCAUGGGGCCCCCAGGAUAUGGCAACAGUCCGGUAUCACGGCCCGGCAUGCCUGGCGGGAUGGAUCCUUCUCGGAAGCGUCCCGCUCCCCAGCAGAUCCAACCGGUGCAGCAGCAGAACCGGAACCAGCACACAAAGAAGAAGAAGAUGGCUGAUAAAAUUCUACCUCAAAGGAUCCGAGAGCUGGUGCCAGAGUCUCAAGCCUACAUGGAUCUGCUUGCCUUCGAGAGGAAGCUGGACCAGACCAUCAUGCGUAAGAGGCUAGACAUCCAGGAGGCACUCAAGAGGCCCAUUAAGCAAAAGAGAAAGCUGCGCAUUUUCAUUUCCAAUACAUUCAACCCUGCCAAGCCAGACGCUGAGGAUGGGGAGGGCACCGUGGCCUCCUGGGAGCUACGGGUGGAAGGGCGGCUGCUGGAGGACACGGCUGUGUCCAAGUAUGAAGCUACCAAGCAGAAGAGAAAGUUCUCCUCCUUCUUCAAGUCCCUGGUCAUCGAGUUGGACAAAGACCUGUAUGGGCCCGAUAACCACCUGGUUGAGUGGCACAGGACGGCCACCACACAGGAGACGGAUGGUUUCCAGGUGAAGAGGCCAGGGGAUGUGGGCGUCCGCUGCACCGUCCUGCUAAUGCUGGACUACCAGCCCCCACAGUUCAAGCUGGACCCCAGACUGGCUCGUAUGCUGGGGAUUCACACCCAGACCAGGCCCGUCAUCAUCCAGGCCCUCUGGCAGUACGUCAAGACCCACAAGCUCCAGGACCCCCACGAGCGCGAGUUCAUCAACUGUGACAAGUACCUGCAGCAGAUCUUUGAAACUCAGCGCAUGAAGUUCUCUGAGAUCCCGCAGCGUCUACAUGCCCUCCUGAUGCCCCCAGAGCCAAUCAUCAUCAAUCAUGUCAUCAGUGUCGACCCCAAUGACCAAAAGAAGACUGCAUGCUACGACAUCGACGUGGAGGUGGACGACACUCUGAAGACUCAGAUGAACUCCUUCCUGCUGUCUACUGCCAGCCAGCAGGAGAUAGCUGGACUGGAUAACAAGAUCCACGAGACCAUUGAGACUAUAAACCAGCUGAAGACCCAGAGGGAGUUCAUGCUGAGCUUUGCCAGGGACCCCCAGGGCUUCAUCAACGACUGGCUGCAGUCCCAGUGCAGGGACCUCAAGACCAUGACGGAUGUGGUGGGCAACCCAGAGGAGGAGCGGCGGGCCGAGUUCUACUUCCAGCCUUGGGCCCAGGAAGCCGUGUGCCGCUACUUCUACUCCAAGGUCCAGCAGAGGAGACAGGAGCUGGAGCAGGCUUUGGGCAUCAGGAACACCUAGGCUGUUGUUUUCUCUUGAUUCAGGUUUUUCCUCCAUUAUGGCCAGGCGUUAUACAAAGUAACAUUGUUGGGCUCUCAGUGAUUUGUGUGUGGUGGUGGGGGGACAACUGGUGGUUACUUUUUUUUAUUUUUUUGGGGGGGGUGCCUGGGGGGGUUAAAACCUAGAAAGACAUGGACCACGGGUUGGAUGUUUCCAUCAAAUCAACCCAAUGCUGUAACUCCUAUUGAUAGUUGCUUGAGCCUGAUCCGGAAGCAUUGGUUUAUUUUAUAAUGGACUGUGUCCUUGUGUCGCACAACUUUUAAUACACCGGUUCCCACACAAGGUAUAUCCAGGUACAAUGAAUUAGUAGUGUGGUUCCUGUGUUUUCCCUGCCAUCACCCCCUUGCGAGUCAGCUGUACACGCCUCCGAGUAAGAACCGCCAGGUCCCCAUCCGGUAGUAUUGGUGGUGGUGGACACCUUUUGUGAUUGAUGAUGCUACUACACUAUCAGAACGUCACCUGUCAUGACUUAUUACCUGAUAUGUGUAGAAAUUCUUUUAAUUUUUCGUCCCUGAAUUCCCCCCUACUCUAAAUUCUAAUGCUUAACCACUUCCGUGAAAAUUGGUUUUUGUAUUGGGUAUGAACGUUUUUUUUUUUUAUAUAUUGAUUAUAUUAAAUGUGUUGUUAGCUAGUACUCAAUUAUCAAACAAUUAGCUUGUAUAACUCUAGGCUUGUUUUGUAAAUGCAACGCAGGAAAAAAAAUAAGAUGUAAACUUGUUCUAGGUUUUUUCCAGCUGAAACAUUCUUCAAUCAUUUAGUACUAAAGCUUCCAGGUGGGUAUCGGUGAAUCAUUGGCUUUUUUUAAUUAAUUUUUAAUCAUGAGCAGAGAAGCCAUAUAAAAAAAUCUAGCCUGGCUCAUUGGUCACUAAUUCUGCCUGGCCUCUUUAUUACAUUUUCAGUUUUAAUAUCUCUGGCAGCCAAUUUAUGUUGUGUUCAUUGUAUGCAACAUUGUUUGCAUCACUGAAGCUCGGUCUGUGGACCUGUCAAGCUCGGUCCUUCUAUGUUCAGAGUUGUCUAAAUACACUAAUGUAGUUUGGGGGGAUAUUAGGAAUGUGGGGGUACCGUUGGGGCUGAAAUUAUUUCAGUGAGUAAUCGGGACUAUUACUAUUUGGAAAUUUAGAUAUUUUCAUGGACCAAGCCUAUUUUUCUGUAUGUUAUCUUAUGUUAUAAUAAAGGAUAUGUGAAAGUAA